AUGUUUGACUCCCUUGUGUCAAAUCACCCCACUACGAGACAUCUUCAUGGGAACUGUCUGAACGUUACUCAGCUGUUGUGGAAUUUCGGUCUGGAAAAGGCAUCCCACAUCACUCCUGCCCACUUCACCCUCCUGUGCCCAGCUCUGCUGUACCAGAUUGAGAGUGGCGUGUGUCUACGCCACCCAGAAACUCAUGGUGCGGAGUCAGAAAGGAGUGUGACUUUCCUCAAAGCUCUGGGAUGGAGCUCCUUGGCACUGGUUGUGAUCAGCCUGCCGUCUCUGCUGGCUCUGAGCCUGGUACCCCUCCUGCCACCCGCCCGCCUCCAUUCCUUCCUCUGCCCAAUGACAGCCCUGGCUGUGGGUACGCUGUGUGGAGAUGCCUUGCUGCAUCUCCUGCCUCACGCCAAGACUGGGCCACACUCAAACCACUCUGAAGAACAGGACUCUAUUCUGAAGGGCCUUUGCGUGCUGGGAGGUUGCUACGUCCUUUUCAUCUUUGAGAGCCUUCUAGGACUGAGGACCCAUUACAAGAAGGCUAAGAGGAAGGAGCAGAACACCAGUAUAGAGCUGUAUCCAGAGAGGGAGCUUACUGCUCUGCAGAGUGAGACACAAUCCUCUGAGCACGGUCAUGGUCACGGCCAUUCACAUGGUCCAUCUUCCAAGGAGGAAGCUGGGAUAGGAAGCUUGGUGUGGAUGGUGGUUAUGGGAGAUGGGAUCCACAACCUUACUGACGGUCUGGCAAUUGGUGCAGCUUUUUCUCAGAGUCUGGCUGGAGGUCUCAGCACCACGAUAGCGGUGUUCUGUCAUGAGCUUCCUCACGAACUAGGUGACCUGGCAGUGCUGCUAGGAGCAGGGUGGCCUGUUCGCCGACUAGUUCUCUUCAGUGCUGUUUCAGCCUUGCUGGGCUUCGUGGGACUGCUGACUGGCUCUGUCCUGGGCCACCAGUCUGCUCAGAUCUCCCCCUGGAUCCUCACCCUCACCGCUGGGGUCUUCCUCUACGUGGCCCUUGCUGACAUGUUACCUGAGAUGCUUCAUGGUGAUCCUGGCCUGAUGGGACCCUGGACUCGCUUCCUGCUACAGAACCUGGGCCUGUUGGCAGGGGGAGCCAUCAUGUUGUGUAUCGCUUUGUUUGAGGACCAUAUCGCCUUCAACCUGGGUGACGUCUGACUCAAUGGGAAAGAUAUGAGUGGAUCAAAUUCUAAACCACCUGAGGUUCAGAUGGUGAU